GCAGUACUGGUCCUCGGGAAUGGUGGGGGGAGGUGACGACUGGAUAGAGGCAGCGGCUGAUAAGAUUCGCCAGUUAGAUCUUCAGGGCGGUGCUGAGCAGUUACUGCAUGAAGCGAUCAGCUCACCUUCUUUAUAUCUGGAAGCAAGUUUUUCCUCUGCACAUCUCUGCAUAAAACCCCUUCAAAGGUCCCUGAAGUGUGCUGGAGACAAGUGUUAGAUUUCCCAUGUAAAAUUUAACAUCUGCAUGCUUGAUUCAUCUGGAAAGCAGUAAAGAGCAGAAGGCAGCUUGUGUGCAUAUAAAUGGUUCAUUCAAGUUCAUUUAAGAUCAGACUUUGUUGGGUGGAAGUGGAGUAAACAUUGGUCAUGUGAACAGUCAUUUUUACCAAAUGAAGGCUGCAGUAUGCCAAUUCAGAAAGUUUCUGUACACCCAUUAAACGUCAUGAAGAACAAAAAAGAUGCUAGGAAUGCUUCUAAAGAAAAAGAAAAUGGAGCAUCAAAGGAAGUGAUUCCUGGUGCCACAUCCGAUACCCAGGACAGAUGCGAGUCUCAGUUAUCAACAUUAUCUGAACGAUCUGACAUUUGCCGGAUUUGCCACUGUGAAGGUGAGGAUGGCAACAAGCUUAUCUCUCCAUGCUUGUGCAUGGGUUCUCUCAAGUAUGUGCACCUGCGCUGUCUACAGAAAUGGAUUAAGAGCUCAGAGAAAAUCACGUGUGAACUGUGCAGAUUUGACUACAUAAUGACCACCAAGACCAAGCCUUUCAAAGAGUGGGAAAAACUGGAUAUGUCAACAGCAGAAAGGCGAAAGAUAAUUUGUUCUGUUACAUUCCACAUCAUUGCAAUCACAUGUGUCAUCUGGUCUCUUUACGUUCUUAUUGAUCGCACCACUGAGGAAGUUUCAAAUGGCAACUUGGAUUGGCCUUUCUGGACUAAGCUUAUUGUUGUGGCCAUCGGUUUUACAGGAGGCCUAGUCUUUAUGUACGUGCAGUGUAAGAUGUAUAUUCAUUUAGUUAUGCGAUGGAGAGCUUACAACAAAGUGAUACAGAUUGACAAUGUUCCUGAAACAGAAGAAUUCCGAAUUAAUGCUGUAGCCAAGAUUAAGGCAAAAUCAGAGGAAGGAGGAAUGACCAAUGCUGUUGCACUGCAAGAUGUGGAGUCAUUAUGAUUAAUGGUACAAGGGCUGUAGUUACAAGCAAGCAGUAUAGGUGGGCUUGUAACUCAUUUAACUAAUGUAUUCAAGAUUUCUGAUUGAGAACAUUGGGCUAUUUUGACUUUAGCAGCACAGAGAGAGAAGAAAGGAAACAAAAAUAAUGGUCAUGGCUGCAACAAGUAUUGCAGCCUGGUCCUUAUGGUUUUGUCAUGGUGUGGCAAAACAAAAAAUUGCCAAAACAGAAAUUAAAACAAAAAUCCCCACUAUAUUUUUGUGCAGUUGCCAUAUCAGCCUAAUGCUUUUUUGUGAAGAUGUUACAGUGAGAAAAAGAUGAGGGUAUCAAACUUUUCAUAUUAUGCAGUUAAGCAGAUCAUGUAUUAAAAGAAAAACAUUGUUUCAAAACGUUUGUGCACAUUUUAGCUGUUGCAAACAUGGAAAAUUGUAUACAACUAAAUGAAAUAAUUUGAGUGAAUGAAGGAAUGAGAGAGAGUGUACAUGUACAUGUCCUUUACUUGAGAGCAUGUAAAUGUUUAGUGGUAAUUAGUGCUAGGGACAACAAAUAUUGGACCAGCAUUUGUAUAUAGUAUUCUGUGAAUGUCUAGAGUUAUCUGUCUCAUUAAUGUCAGUUUUCACUCUUUGCAGGAUAUAACAGCUAGAGACACAAUACACAUACUUAAAUAUCCAUAUGUUGACAGACAUUUAUAUUAGAGUUGUGUCAGCUCACAAGAUCUGUAUAUUUUCUUUUUAUAAAAUUGAAUCAUGCUAAAGUACAUGUACUUGGCGUUUAAAAGAUGCUUUCGAAAAUAAAGGUUUUUACAAUGCAAGUGCUAGAUGUUUCGUUUGGCAGAUUGUUCAGUCAUCAUUAUUGUGGCUAAUAAAUGCUCAAAAAAAAAAAAAAAAAACGUUAAAAUUGUCCUCACUUAAGUGGACUUUAAGAAAGUUGGCAGUUAUUUUGUAUUUCAUGUUGAAAGGACAAACAUUCCAGAUUUAUUUUUCCAGGUCUAUGCAAAACCUUUUGCACAAGUUUCAUUUGACUUUCAAUGCUUUGCUUGUGAAGGGAAUUUUUUUUAAAUGUUAUCUGAAAUGUCUUCACUGAUAAGUAUAUUGCUCCUGUGCAUUACAGAUCCAUAUGCAUAAAUGUUCUCAUUUAGGACAUAUAUCCUUUGUCAUGCAUAAUAGGAAAAUGAGAUAAUAUACAUAUAUAAAAGAGCACAAUACAUAACUGAGUAGUCCUAUGUUUUAUGUCUGAAAAACAAUUAAAACCUGUUGUAAUUUUCUUUACUUGCAAAAUUAUAUAAAUUUGCAUCACACAAUAUCAACUUCUUGUUCUCCUUUGUCUUUGAUAAAGCUGGUAAGCAUCUGCAAAGUGUCCACAUGUUCAUAUUGCUUGGUGUCAAGGGGUAUCACUAAUGGCCAGACCACCCUCUGCUCUUGAAGGAGCUUACGCUCUUGUAAAAUAUGCUCCAUGGUUUGUGCUUCAUCUCCACGGGAGCAUAUUGGGGAUGACACCAGAUGUAGCUGUAUAAUUGAUCACUAAUCUAUUGUGCUUUGCUCUGGGUCACAAUCUGCCUGUCUUCAGCACCAUAAUUUUGCCAAUCUGUCAGCCUGAUCAUUGUUUACAAUACCACAAUGUGAGGGUAUCCACUGCAGCAUGUUUUUUUCAAGUAAUUAAUAUUUUUUAAUACUGUCAUCUUAGGUAGCCAGUUAUAGCUGGCGCCUUGUAGCACAGACAGGGCAUCUGGUCAACUCUACAUUUUUAAGAUAUUUGCAUUUAAAAGGUACUAAUGCGAAGCACACACACUUGUUGCGGCCUUAAGGGAGCAACAAGGAAUGAACUAACUGAUGCAAAGCACAUGCAAUUCAAUAAUUUUGUUUAUUAUAAUGGUGCAUUAUUUUCAUACAUUUUAUGACUUGCAUAAAGGUAUUAGUCUGUGUAUUCCGUUAUCUGGUGAAGUGGGUGGGUAAGGGCAGAUUCACUAUUAUCUAAAAAUCACCUGAUAGAGAGGUCUGUGGAAUCCACUUACAUCAUAAAGGUAGAAUUGUCUGUUAGAUUCUUUAAGUUAUUUGUGCAUAAUGACCCAGGUCUAAGUUGAAAUUCAAAUGUAGUCACUGGAAGAAUACAACAGUAGUUGACUUAUUCUUUUACGGCCCCAGUGGAGCAUAGGGCUGCAACUACAUCAUGCUAUUGGAUCCGGUUCUGGGCCUCGCUUCCCAGUUGGGUCCAUGUCAUGCAUUCUGCCUCUGCCUCGCUGUGGACCGAUCUCCUCCAUGUCUGUCUAGGUCUCCCAACCCUGCGACGCUCCUGUGGGUUCCAGCCCAGAACUUGUUGAAUUGUCAGCCGGCUUUCACAGGGUGUGACGGAUCCAUCACCCCACCUUCCACUUCUUGGUGUCUUGGCUGGCAGGUUUUUGGUUGAUUCUUUUCUGCAGGCUGCUGUUGGAAAUCUUUUUAGGCCAUCUUAUUCCCAGAAUAUGGCAUAAGGCAUGGUUGGUAAAGGUCUGGAGCUUGUUGUUGAUGGUGUUUGUCACUCUCCAGGUUUCAGGACCAUACAGUAGGACAGUUUUCACAUUAGUGUUGAAGAUGCUGAGAAUUUUAAAUUAUACGUUUUCCCGUUGUCUUUGUAAAUUCUUUAGCAUUCUUGUACUAAUAUAACAGUAUGAGUGAGAGAAAGGCACCAGGAAGAUAAUACAGGAAAAGGUCUGAUAUAGAACUCAGCUCUAAUAAGUUUGAAACGUAAAAAAGGCAGAUACUUAUGGUUUCCAGCAUUAAGUGUGUCUGUGGCAAGCAUUCAUUUAUUAAAUUUAUUAUUCAUUGAUUUUAUUUAUCAAGUUAUUUUUCCUUGUUUGCAUAUAUUAGGGAGAAUUUACUUUUUUACAUGCUAUUACAUUGUGUCGAAGUCUACAUUUUUAACUGUAAUGAGAUCUGUUGGCUGUGUCUAUAUGAUGAUAAAAAUAUAUCAAUAUAGUAUUCUCAUCCACAAGCAAAAUUUUAAAUAAAAAUAAUAAAAUAUUUUAGUGAUAGUUAUAAGAAAGAUCAUUGCAAUUAUCAUUGCAUUGUUUUGCAAGAUAGAUUAACUGUGUGCAUGUAUGAUUAUGAAUCUUAUGUUUGGGUGGUUAGUAAUAAUUAUUAAGGUUAGAUUUGGAGAAAAAAAUUAUUGCAUAUGAGUUUAGAUGCAUUACUUCCUUUUGUGCUGAUUGUUGAGCUUAAUCAUGUACACCAAUUUAGUCCAUCUAUCAGCAGUUUAGCAUGCUGUUAAAGCCAAAGCCACAGUGUAAAUGGAUUAUGUAUUUGUGUUUAUAAGCUAUUGACAUUUGAUCAGGUUGACUAUUUUGAUUAUGUGAUUUGGAGGUCUUUUAACAGUUUUUAAAUGCAUUUAAUUACAAAAAUUAAGAGAAACACUGGAUGUUGGCAAAAAUAAAGUGCACAUAUUAUACAUUCAUUAGUUGUUUUUUAUAUGAUCAUUUUUCAGUUUUAUUUAUGUAAUUUAUUUCUAUAUUUAAAACCUUUUUUUUUAAACCAAAGAUAACUAUUUAAAACCACUUCCAUCAUUCAGAGAAUUUGUAUACCUGAUAGAAAAUGUUUGAUCAUAUUAAAAAAAAUUGACUUCAGAUUUUUGUUUUCUCAUUUGGGAACUUUAGACCUACCUAAUGCACACCUUUAAAUUUCUGCUUAUAGUUUCUUUCACAGUGGUCUUCACCUUUGUUAAGCUUUAUAAUUCAUUAUAUGAUAUGUGUGAGUACUUAAAUUUGUUUUUACAUUUGCAUGUGUAUAUAACUACAAUAAGGAAUUCUGAGAAUAUUGAAAUGUUUUAACUUAGGUUUUGCUAUGAUCCCUGUAAACCUGUGCUUACCCUCUCAGAAUAUGACAGAAAAGAGUUUUAAUGGCUAACUAGUCACGUAUGACACUUUUUAAACUUUUAAAAUAAAUGGCAUAAUAUAUUUUAUAAUAUAUAUGUUUACUUAUAAUGGAGAUGCGUACAGAUGAGUGAGUUUUAUUACUUAAGGUAUCUGAAUAUGCAUUUUAUCAAUUUUGUUCAGUGUGUGUGUGUGUACUUAUACACACUAAGUUCCCGUGAUUGGAGUUUUUAUGAGAUUUUUAAAAGAUUAUGUAGACCAUAAAGGAAAAAAGAGCUACGCAAAGUAUAGUUGAGGAAUAAGUUUGGAAUAAGGGCUAAUCUUUUUUCCUUGAGAACAAAGACUGACAACAAAGACAAUAACAUACAAAAGCAGUCUCAUGUUUAUGAAUUUGGGAGGGAGGGGAAAAAGUAGACUUAAAUCUAAAAUUUUUUGUAAAUGUAGAAUAAUGUUAUAAUUCAUAUCUAUUCCAGUAGCAUAACAUUCAUUUAAAUAUUUUUUAAUAUUGUUUGUAUGCUGUGUAAUCUUGAUCUUCAUAAUUAAAAUAUUCUGAAAGCAGUAAAUUCAUUGUUAUUUACAGAAUAAGUUAAAUAAACUUUGAUAUGUUUUUCAUCCUCAGCACUGAUUACAUUGUCAGUUUAGUUCAUAUGAUUCAUACAUAUGCUCAUUUUUUUUAACGUUUCAGUGGUGAACAUUCAUUAUAUUAAAGGUUAAAAUGCUAGAAAAAAUGUGUUUUGUUUAAUAUACUUUUAAGAGCAUGCUGUUUGCAUAAAAAAUAUGAUGUAAUUUGGCAAAACUUAAGCUUCACAUGAGUGUUUAUAAUUCUUAAGAAAAGAAUUUGCUAGAUUAAUGUUACUGUAGAAGACAAAGCUCUGUUUUAACUUGUUCAAAAAAUUAAUUUAUUAAUUCAUGUACUGUAAACUUUAGCAUGAUCUAAGAAUUGCAUGCAGGUGAGAACUAGGUGCAAAAUACUUCAGUACUUCAGACCUAAGGGGUUCAUUUGGAGAAGUUCAAUAAUUAAUCUGUUUGUAAACACAUCAACAAAAUUCAAAUAAAUCCUUCAUCAGCAGUACUUAAAUAGAAAUGGCAACGAACAAGAUUUUGUGUUUUGUUGCCUUGUAGAGGCUGGAAUGUAGCAGCUACAUCCAGAAAGAGACAAAGACAUACUGUUGUAUGUGAAGUGUUUGUUUGCCAAUAAAUGAAGUAAACUUUUUAGCAUAUUCUUGCCCACUUUUGCCAUUGUCUGGAAUUAGAGACUAUCAGAAACAUGGCUUUUUAUAUUCUGCUUAUGUAACUGGAAUUAUUGUGCAUGGGCUUGCAGAUUUACAUGCUUUUAUUCUUUUCAGAAAAAGGAAGUGUGUUUUGUAUUAUAAAAAAAUAAUCUAAUUUGGCUUUUAUUUUGUGCUUUGAAUUUCAUAUAUUCUGGAUUUCAUUCUUGAAUAUUACUGAACCACUGAAAAAAUUUGUUCUAGUCAUACAUGUCAGAUCUUAAAUGAUUUAUAAAAAGAAUAUAUACAGAGAGAAAGAGAGACAUGCACAUCUACUCAUAAAUAUGCUGAACAUUUUGCUUAUUUUACCACAGGCUGUCAAUAAUAAAAUUGCAUAUAUAUUGAUUAAAUGUAGCAGUGAUUAGAACAAGUCAAUGUUUUUAUUGAGUCUUCUUGCUUUUGUUCCUAUGGUGUAAAGUAUCAACAACCAACUUUCAGCUUGCAAAGAUCAGCUUUCCUUUUACUCGUUCUUACAUCAUAAAAAGAAUUUAGUUAUAGUUAUGUAGGAAGAUUCCAUUUCAUAAAUAAAAAGAAACCAUUUAUUAACACAUGAUUAUCCUGCAUUGAUGAUCUGUUUGUGAGAGACAGAGAGAGGAUAGGAGACAGAAAUAUUGAAUUAAAGAUACUUCAUUUAACAGAUAGUUAUUCUAAAAAUGAAAACAAAAAAAAAAACAGAACAAGAGAUGUAUUUAGGAUUAGACAAUGCUGAUCUCAAUGUUGGUUGUCUCUAUGUUAUGGGUGAAUUUGGAAACAGUUUUCUGCUCAAACAUUUACACUGUAUAUAAAUGUAAUAUGCACUGUUUUAUAUAAAUAUAUAUAUUUUUUUAUAGUAGAAGGGUUUGCAUGGGGUAUAUGGGAAAGUCCUUGAUGUGGAUAUCAGUAGUCAUGCAAGUUUUGAUAUUUUAAGCUGACAUACUAUACAGUCCUUGAUGUUUUAUAAAUUAGAUUUUUUUUUUGCAGAUCUGCUUGAUAAAUCUGUCAGUGCUCAAUAAAUGUAAAUAUAUGAAGUACAAAUUGACUGGGAUGAAGCUUCUACUAUAAAAUAUCUGGUAUAUUUGUAACACUUGUAGGAGAAAAGGCAACAGACCCUCCAUUCAUAGAGAUGCUUAUUUUUGUGCAUAGUUGUACUCAAGAGUAUUGUUAAGAAUUUUUUGUGUAUGUGAUGUUCUUUGAUUUGCUUACAAGAAUAAAGAUGUUGAUAAAGAGUC